AUGGUUGUGGUUUCUUUGUUCAUCGUUGUGAUUGUGACACAAACAAUUGUAAUCAAUAGUCAAUUCGGUGGUUUUGGUCAAACUCCAUUACAAUGUUGGCGUUGUGAUUCAUUAAAAUCUGAUCAAGAAAGAUUUGCUGAAUCACGUAAAUUUGCAUGUCUUCGUCAUUUUGAUUUUACUCAACAUUCAGCUGAACCAUGUGAUGGAAAAUGUUGGAUGUCAUACGAAGUUAUUGAACCAAAAACAAAAGCUGAACGAGAAAAAGCUAUACGAAUGGUUGAUGAAAUACCUGAUACAGAUCGACGUUGUUUUACAAGUGAUGAUUUAACAAAAGCUAGUAUGAUUGGAUUAAACGCUGCUAAUGGAUGUCGUGAUGUUAAAAUGAGAGAAAAAGUUAAAAAAUUUUGUUUUUGUGACACUGAUUUUUAGUAUUUUUUAUAA